AUGGAAAAAGAUAGAAAAGCCGGAAAAAAAGAAACCUUAACGGCGGUGGAAGUAACUUGUACCCAUGAAGACGUGGCUAAAUCCAUCACUGUAAUCAUGCAAGGAGGACUUCAUGUUUUAUUGGAAAAUUUAAUUAACUCUACUUACCAAUAUCAUAGAGAUAGGCUUUCAAAAUUAGGUAUUCAUGGCAAAAUUCAUGCUUUUGCUACUUCUUAUAUUACUUUUGGCGGUUGGGAACCUAGUUGUGAUGGGGCGGGAUGA